CCACACGUUUGGUGUAGCGCACUCGUUUUCAUGGCGCGUCAAAACUCCUAAAUCGGUGUUGGUUUUUUGGGCUUCCUUCCGUAUUUGCAAGCUACCUAUCGAUCUAAAAAAAAAUCACAAUGAGCUUGUUUGGUUCAAGUUCUGGAUUUGGAGCUGCAAACACAGGUGUUUUCGGCAGCACCACAACAGACAGCCACAACCCAAUGAAGGAUGUUGAAGUGACAUCCCCACCCGAUGACAGCAUAAGCUGCUUGGCCUUUAGCCCUCCAACGUUGCCUGGAAACUUUUUGAUUGGUGGCUCAUGGGCUAAUGAUGUGAGAUGCUGGGAGGUGCAAGAUAAUGGCCAGACAGUCCCUAAAGCGCAGCAGAUGCACACAGGCCCUGUGCUGGAUGUCUGUUGGAGUGAUGAUGGAAGUAAAGUCUUCACAGCCUCCUGUGAUAAAACUGCCAAGAUGUGGGAUCUGAACAGCAACCAGGCCAUGCAGAUAGCACAACAUGAAGGUCCAAUCAGGACCAUCCACUGGAUAAAAGCCCCAAACUACAACUGUGUCAUGACGGGCAGUUGGGACAAAACACUGAAAUUCUGGGAUACUCGUUCUCCAAACCCCAUGAUGUCCUUGCAGAUGCCGGAGAGAUGUUACUGUGCUGAUGUGGUGUAUCCUAUGGCUGUGGUGGCCACUGCAGAACGAGGGCUAAUCGUGUACCAGUUGGAGAAUCAGCCGUCUGAGUUCCGGCGUAUAGAUUCACCUCUGAAACAUCAGCACCGCUGUGUAGCAAUCUUUAGGGACAAGCAGAAUAAACCCACUGGAUUUGCACUGGGCAGUAUCGAGGGGCGAGUGGCUAUUCAUUACAUUAAUCCACCCAAUCCCGCCAAGGAUAAUUUCACCUUUAAGUGCCAUAGAUCAAAUGGAACAAACACCACCACACCCCAGGAUAUUUAUGCUGUCAAUGCCAUUGCUUUCCAUCCAGUGCAUGGCACAUUGGCCACAGUGGGCUCUGAUGGCCGCUUCAGUUUCUGGGAUAAGGACGCUCGCACAAAGCUGAAAACCUCUGAGCAACUUGAUCAGCCAAUCACAGCAUGCUGUUUUAACCACAAUGGCAACAUUUUUGCCUAUAGUUCCAGCUAUGAUUGGUCCAAGGGACAUGAGUACUACAACCCUCAGAAGAAGAACUACAUCUUUCUGCGAAAUGCUGCUGAGGAACUCAAGCCUCGGAACAAGAAAUGAUCCUGUCAUCCUGUUACAUCUCAGAAGAUCUGCGUUAGCAUGUAAAUAUGGGAGAAUUCGAGAGACUGUCUUAUGGCUAACAUCUGGACCAAUGACGUGACAUUGCAUACAUUGUAUGGACCAAUCAGAAAGGGCCAGGCACUCCUACACGAUGGUGAUGACAGCAAAUUGAUUUUGCACUGCACGAGAGUAACCAUGCUUUAGUGUAACUUGUGUUAUCUGAUUUGUUUUUGUUGUUUUUGGCUGUCUUUCAUAACUGCAGCUUUUCUUUUUUUAUACUGCUUUAAAGAGCAAAACCCCCACACUUUUCCAACACUUCUUUGCUGUCACAACAUGGUGUAGAUCUUUAUUGGUGUAGAUUCAUUAUUCUGUGAAAUCAAUAAAUGUCUCAAGGACUCCA